AUAGGCGGAUAAAGAGAAGUCAUUGGGUUUCCCAAAGACGACAAGUGAUAGGACGUCAACCGAUUAACAAGAAAGGAUCAACCAAUAAGUCGACCAACGUUAGAAUGGACAGUGUCAAGACCAGCGAUGUGUCGACCUCAUUCAACGUGACGGGACGACGCCAGAUGUGACGACGGUGGUACAAGCGAUGACAAUGAUCUCAGGAACGAAAACAAGAUCGUCGACGAGAGGUGUCACGACAUCAGGACAAUGCUGCUGAUUGUAGAAUCGUCAUCAAGGGACAGUCAGCGACACGACGUAAUUUCGUUACACGAGCCCAUAUUAAGUAAUAUCUAACACUUACUUCGUGCGUUAAUUAAUUUAUUACAUUUUUCAAGACACUACGAUUAAAGUUCAAUUUCAGUUUUUGUUAUCUGUCGCAUUGAAUAUAUCUUUCCAAACGCAAUUAUAUUAUAUUUAUGUUUCAUCUUAUUUAUUUGAAAAUCAACGCUAACAUCGCAUCAAGCGAACGUCCACCUCUACCUUUUCUAUUCUCUACAGAUCACUUGUUGACGAUAUCACCAACGACAACAGCAACGAACGACAUCAUCAGAAGACGACAUCAACGAACGACGCUAUCAACUACAAGCGACAACGUCUCCAUGGUCACGACCCUUAAACUAAUUGGAUCCCAACGAUGACAUGUCGCUUCUAAGCGCGAAUACUACAGACGACCCAGCUUUGAGACAAGGAUUCCUCCAUGGGUGUAGAAGGGUGCUUGGCCUAGAUGGAGCUUUCCUUAAAGGAUAUUGUAAGGGUGAACUACUUAGUGCCACGGCAAGGGAUGCCAAUAAUCAAAUGUUUCCAGUAGCAUGGGCAAUUGUAGAGUCUGAAUCCAAAGAGAGUUGGUCUUGGUUCCUUAAACAUCUUAUAGACGAUCUUGAAAUGCUAGAUGGGAAAGGAUGGACAUUAUUAUCUGAUCAACAAAAGGUAUUUUAUAAAUUUGGGUCUUUAAUUCUAUUAUUCUAUUGUAUACAAUUUAAUAAUAAUAAUAAUAAUAAUAAAUGAGCUUUUUUUAUACGAAAAAUACAUAAAAUAGCUGUUGUUAGUUGUAAAAUAGCUAUUGUUAGUUCUCAUACUUCAUACAUCAUGUUCCAAUGCUGAUUAUAGAGUGAUGUUACAUGAAAAAAUGUAGACAUAAUUCAUAUUUUACGCCUAACUUGUUUAAAAUUAUUUCACAAGGAUUAGUGCCUGUCAUUCCUCAACUUCUCCCUAAGGCUGAGCAUAGACUAUGCGCUAGACACAUAUUCACGAACUGGACCAAGAUUAUAAAAGGGGCACCUUUACAUAAGCUAUAUUGGAAGGCAGUGAAGGCAAAUACUAAAGUUGACUUCAAAGAUGCUAUGAAAGACCUAAAGCAGCAAAGUCCUAAAGCUUAUGAAGAAAUGUGUGCAAGGAAUGUGAAUAAAUUUUGCAGAUUCUUUUAUAAGACUUGGGCAAGUACAGAUGUCACUUGCAACAACAUGGCAAAAACAUUCAACUCAUGGAUCCUUGAAGCUAGGGAGAAACCAAUUCUGACAAUGCUUGAAGAAAUAAGAAGACAAGUUAUGUCAAGGAUGGUGGACAAGAAAACACAAGCUGGUAAAUGCAUGGGAAUUGUUAGCCCUAGAAUCAGAUCGAAGUUAAAUGAUUUCAGACAAGCUAUCAGAAAUUGGAGGCCGAUCGAGGCAAACACUGAUGCAUAUGAGGUGCAACAUACUCAUAACAGCAAUUUAUCAUAUACAGUUCGCCUAGAUCAGAGGAAAUGUGCAUGCAGAUAUUGGGAUUUGAAUGGGAUCCCGUGUGAGCAUGCAAUUGCUGCAUUAUGUGCUAAAAAUGAGACUCCAGAGAACUAUGUGGCAUUUUGGUACAGUAAAGAAUGUUAUGAAGCUGCAUAUUCAUCCUGUAUGGAGCCCGUUAACGGACAAGCACUAUGGAAGAAAGUUGAUGAAGCCCAAUCUUACCAAGUGACGCAAGAGUGAAACAUGGGAGGCUGUCGAACAAGAGAAAGAAGGCUUACGGGGAAAUUAAGAAGAAAACAUAUCUAUGUAGAGUUGUUAAAAGUGGUCAACAACGUUGCUCUAACUGCAAAGAACUUGGCCAUAAAAUUAGGACAUGUCCACAAAGGGUUAGUUAACAUAAGUGUCUUAAGUUGCUUCUUUAGAACUGACUUUUUUGUUUUGGUUAUCAUGUUUAGUAUAUCUUCUUUGUUUAAAUGAAAAUGUUUUUAAGGUCAUUAUUACCAGUAGAUUAAUGUAGUUUUAGCGUGAAUGUAAAAGUCUUCUACUAUUCUCAGGAGCAUUUCUUUUUCUUUAUUGUAUUUUAAAUUCAAUUCAAUUUUUGAAAGAUCAAUUAUUACCCUAGACAGUGUGUUUGUCUUCUAUUCUGAGGAUUCUAACAAAAAAAACAUACAGGAAACUUUACAUAGAGAAAAUUGUUGCCAAAAACCUCAAAGAUCCAUACAUAAUAAGAUGAUGAAGUAACUACGCAUUUAACUCAUCAUACAUGAGUAGAAUGAAAAGUGCAGUAAAGAAGCCCAUAGGUA